CGCCCAGCAGCAUCUCAGCCGAGCAGCAGCGCAAAAAUGCACUGAAAUACGCAUCUUAGGACAUUUCUACCCUCUUUCGGUUUGCCAUGAGGGAGUGUGAUGGGAAUAACGGGGAUGUUCGCACCGGAUUACGUCCCUUUAUUUUGAGCGAAAUGCGGAUUGUUUUGCGCUCGAGGUGUUAACGCAGACAAAAAGAAAAUAUACAAAAAUGAAGAAGCAAUUCAAUCGGAUGCGACAGCUCGCCAACCAGACUGUUGGCAGGGCAGAAAAAACAGAGGUACUGAGUGAAGACCUGCUGCAGGUGGAGAAGCGUUUAGACCUGGUAAAGCAGGUCUCUCAUAGCACACAUAAGAAGCUGACCGCCUGUCUGCAGGGACAACAAGGCACUGAUUUAGACAAGAGAUCAGUCAAAUCUCCCUCGAAAAAGUUGCCCCUGACGAUACUUGCUCAAUGUAUGGUGGAGGGAGCAGCUGUGUUAGGAGACGACUCUCUUCUUGGCAAGAUGCUGAAGCUCUGUGGUGAGUCAGAGGAGAAGUUGGCCCAAGAGCUGCUCGUCUUUGAGUUUCAGAUUGAAAGAGAUGUUGUGGAGCCUCUGUAUGUGCUGGCUGAGGUGGAAAUUCCGAACAUUCAGAAACAGCGAAAACAUUUAGCCAAACUCGUCCUGGACAUGGAUUCUGCAAGGACACGGUGGCAACAGUCAUCCAAGUCUACAAGUCACCCUAGUAAUGUGCAGCAGGGCGGAGCCAAGGGUGAUUCCCUUAGAGAGGAAAUGGAGGAGACGGCCAAUCGGAUGGAGAUCUGCAGGGACCAGUUAUCAGCGGACAUGUACAACUUUAUGGCCAAAGAAAUAGACUAUGCAAACUACUUUCAAACGCUCAUAGAGGUUCAGGCGGAGUAUCACAGGAAGUCUUUGGAGAUUCUGCAGAGUGUGCUGCCACAGAUCAAAGCUCACCAGGAGGCCUGGAUAGAGAAGCCAUCGUAUGGAAAGGCCUUAGAGGAACAUCUAGCCAUCAGUGGCAGGGAGAUUGCGUUUCCUAUCGAGGCGUGCGUCACCAUGCUGCUCGAAUGUGGCAUGCAGGAAGAGGGUUUAUUUCGGGUAGCUCCCUCAGCCUCCAAGCUGAAGAAACUUAAAGCAUCUCUGGACUGCGGGGUUCUGGAUGUGCAGGAGUACUCGGCCGACCCACAUGCCAUCGCAGGAGCUUUGAAGUCUUAUCUUCGUGAACUUCCCGAACCUCUAAUGACCUUUGAACUCUAUGAUGAAUGGAUUCAAGCCUCAAAUAUUCAAGAUAUGGAUAAAAGGCUCCAAGCCCUUUUGUGUACAUGUGAGAAACUACCAGCAGACAAUCUGAACAACUUCAGAUAUUUAAUCAAGUUCUUAGCCAAACUCACAGAGCAUCAAGAUGCUAAUAAAAUGACACCGGGUAAUAUUGCAAUAGUUCUCGGACCCAACCUGCUGUGGACACAUUCAGAAGGGAACAUGACAGAAAUGAUGACCACCAUGUCGCUGCAAAUCGUUGGCAUCAUUGAGCCGAUCAUCCAGCAUGCUGACUGGUUCUUCCCUGGAGAUAUUGAGUUCAACCUGACAGGCAGCUAUGGCAGCCCAGUUCACACCAACCACAACUCCAAUUACAGCUCCAUGCCCUCGCCCGAUAUGGACCAAUCAGAGCGCAAGCAGCAGCAUGACCAGAGCCGACGCCCACUCAGUGUUGCUACUGACAACAUGAUGCUGGAAUUCUACAAGAAGGAUGGCAUUAGGAAAAUUCAAAGUGUGGGUGUCAGAGUCAUGGACACGUCGUGGGUGAAGGGCAAAAGUUCCUCUACACUGGCCCGCAAAGCCUCAUCCACGCCUCCACAAGCGCCCGGCUCGCCUGCGGACACCCUGAUCACGGAGCAGCCCGGUGAGCUGGCCACAUCUCCAAUCCCCACUCCCCCUCCUGGAGACAGGGGCAGCUCAGACGACGUGUCGCCCAAUCGGCCGGAUUCCUCACAUGUCUAUUCGUCCCACGCGGAGGAGCGGCCACCCCCUCCGUACCCUUCCUCGUCCUCAUCCUCCCAUCCCGGUCCUCAGCACUUCUACCCCAAGCCCCCUCCCUGCGCUCGGCCUGUCGCCCCCGGUCCCGAGUCCCAGCCUCCUAGCUGCCUGCACUUUCUCAAACACGGGCCCCUGUGUGAUGCGCCGCAUGCCGCUCCGCCUGACGCCAAUGCCUCGCCCCUCUACAUUAAAACCCCUCUCGUGCUGACCCGCCACGACAUGUCCCUCGGAAACCCCCCUAGCCUCCCCUCCUCCGCACCCCCACCGUGGGCUGCCUGUCCAUGUGCCCGCGAGAGAGGACCCCCCAGGCUGACUAGCACUCUGAAGAGCAAGGAGCUCUCUCCUGUGAUUGGCCACAAGUCUGUGCAUGCGUCAGGAGCAACAGUGCCCCCUGUCAGCGGUCAGCAGAGCAACAGCCAGUCUCCUCACUCUGCCGAGCACAGCCCCCACACCUUACACAAAGCCUCUAAGAAACUGGCCCCUGUGCCGCCCAACCUC